AUGCUCCAUGAUGACAUGAACAUUUCUAGACUUAUGUUGUAUGCUCAAUCUAUUGAGGAGUCCAAACUAAAGAGGAAGAAUAAGGAGAUGAAGAGGUCUAGGUCCGAUGAGCAAGGUCAACCUAGGUUCAACAAGAGAGCUCCAAACCAAGAUUCUUCAAGUGCUCCUAAAUUUAACCAAGAGAAAGGUCGUGAAUCUCAAUUUUCUAAACCUACUUGCACCACUUGUGGUAAGAGACACUAUGGGAAGUGUUUAGUAGGUACUAGUGGGUGCUAUGGGUGUGGAAAAAUUGAUCAUCAAGUGAGAUAUUAUCCUACUCUUACGACCAAAGGAAGGGAGGCCAAACAAGCUUCUUUUAGUGGCCCUGAUCUAAAUGCUCCAAAGAGGAAUUGUUUCUAUGCUCUUAAAGCUAACAAGGACAAAGGAUCUAAUCCGGAUGAAAGCACCG